AUGGUCAAAGCCCUGAUAUUCGUCAGUGCGUUGGCCACUGCCGCUACAGCUGGCUCCAUUACCGAACUCCCCGAGUCUGUGACCAAGCUCAUCGACUAUUCCGCAAACCCCUGCGAAGACUUUUACCAAUAUGCGUGUGGUGCGUGGUUGAAGGAUGCUGUGAUCCCCCCGGGCAGAGACUUAAUCGAUACGGCGCCCACCAAGAUCUCUAUCCAAAAUGAAGCCGUGUUGCAGCAGAUUUUGUCUGACAACUCGACCAAGAUUGGAGCUUUUUACAACUCCUGCUUGGACACGGCUACGCUCUCGUCGCUCGGCGUGUCUCCUUUGGACGACUCGAUCAAAGCCAUUCGGUCAGCCAACACCACGUUGGACCUCCUCGUUGUGGCUGGUGAAUUGGGCAAGAACGGCAUCCCUGGCUUCGUGGACAUCAGCGCCAGACGUGAUCCCGCCAACGCAACCAAUAACGCCCUCUUCGGUUCACGAGCCCUCCUGCCGCUGAAUCGAGAGGACUACAUCACUCCUUUUUAUUGGUAUGCGUUCAAAGACUUCUACGGAGAGUACAUUGAGUCGGUGCUGCAGCUAGCUGGCUACACUGCCGAUCAAGCGGCGGCUGCCGUGCUGGUGAUCAUCCGUUUCGAGCAAACUCUGGCGGGUUUCGCCCACAAAAAAGUCAAAUACACGAAAGCCAAUGGGCCUCCGUACGCUGUGUUGACGUACUGCGAACUGGAUGAGAAGUACCCGCUGCUUAUCGGCUCGUGGCUCAAGGCCAAUGGCUUCAACGUCCAGGACCAGUGCGGUGGAUCGAACGACUGGGUGGGGUUUCUCGACUUGAACUACUUUGACAAGACGGAAGAGUUGUUAAAGAACACGGCGUUGGACGACCUCCGCACGAUUGUGGAGUACAAGCUCAUCCACGCCUCGUCCAAGCACCUGACGCCUGAGUUCCGCACGGCGAACUGGAACUUCUUUGGCAAGUAUUUGCAACAAGGGGAGGAGCCUACUCGUGAACAGUUUUGCGCCAAAGAGGUGGACGACGUCUUAGGCGAGCUGCUGGGCCAGGACUUCCAAGACACGGUGUGGUCGGCUGGCACGGCCAAGACGGCCGACGAACUAGUCAAGGCCUUGAAGUCGUCCUUCUCCACUGGCAUUGCCACCGCCGACUGGUUGGACAACUCGACCCGCACCAACGCGCAAACGAAGCUGUCCAAGUAUGUGCAUUUAUUGGGUGGCCCGGAGAAUCCGCAGCUUUACCCCACUCUGACGUUGGACUCGAAGACGUAUUUGAAGAACCGCUGGAAGGUGUCUCAGGUGAAUAUCGACACCAACUUGAAGCUGAACGGCCAACCCGUGAACAAGCGCAAGUUCAGCAGUCCUCCCCAAAUUGUGGACGCGCGGUACAAGCAUCGCGAGAACAAAAUUUUGUUCACGGCCAGCAUUUUUCAAGCCCCGUACUUUGAUCUCAAAUACGAUGCUGCCCAGAACUUUGGUGGCAUCGGGAUGGUUAUCGGACACGAAAUUACCCACGGGUUCGACAACCGCUACCGUAACUACGAUGGUGACGGCAAUUUGAACCCGUGGUGGUCGAACGCCACCGACAUUGCGUUCAAGACGAAGGCCCAGUGCAUAAGCGAUCAGUACGGCAAUUUUGUCGUCCAGAGCGACCUAACUGGCGCUGUGUUGGGCAACGUCAGCGGCCACCGGACUUUGAGUGAAACCAUUGCCGACAACGGGGGGCUCAAGACCAGUUUCCGUGCGUACCACGAGUACUUGAAGAAGUUCCCGUCGCAGUACACGGAAGAAGCUGGCGACAAGUUGUUCUACUUGUCGUUCGCCCAACUCUGGUGCGUCAAAAACAAGGAUUCUUCCCUCCGCGCGUCUUUGAGCAGGAAUUACCCGCCCGGUCGGUUCCGUGUGACGGGGGCGUUGCAAAAUAACGCUGAGUUUGCCCGUGUGUUUAAAUGUCCCAUCGACUCGACCUUGAACCCGUCCAAGAAGUGCUUGUUGUGGGAAUAG